UAUUAAUUAAAAGAAAAAACAAUAAAUAUGAUAACAGAUGAAGAAAUAUACAUACACAUGUAAAAGACUUAAAUUCAUAUGUUUUAUAUGUAAUAAGUAUAUAUUUUGUUAGUUUUAAAAUGUUUAUCCAACUGUCAAAUAUUUAUAGUAUAUUUAUAAUUAUAAAUUUAUUUAGCCGUAUUGAAUAUUUAAUUGCAAAAAAGGACAAUUAUAGCAGUAAUAACAAAAAUGAAUUAACUAUUUCUAACCGGAUUGUUGGUGGCUAUGCAGUUAAGAUUAGUAAAUUACCUUUUAUGGUUUCAAUGCAAUGGAGGCAUGAUUCCGAACAUUUCUGUGGCGGUAGUUAUAUUAGACCUACAUUUGUAUUGACCGCCGCUCAUUGUCUUUGUCUCAGGACUCCUCGUGGUACCUGGACGGUCAUGAACCCUUGGCUUUUUGUAGUCGUAGGAGGUAGUGCUAAUCUUAAAUUUGCCCCCACAUGGCAAGUCCAGAAUAUUUAUAGGUUUAUACCGCAUCAAGGAUUUCAUUUUCGGACAAUGAUUAAUGAUAUUGGUCUUAUACAGCUAGUCAAACCAUUUCAUAUAACUAAUUACGUUCGUUUCAUAAAACUUCCCCGGGCAAGAAUUGAUCUUCGUGAAAAUCAUCUUUGUUCCACAAUGGGAUGGGGAGACACUAAAAUGAUCAAUGCGCCCAAGAUACUGAGAGAAGUAUGGCUACCAUUAAUGGCGAAUGAAGAGUGUGAGAAAUAUCUAGGAGGUGAAUUGCCAAUGCAACAAAUGUGUGCAGGGAAAAAAGAGGGUGGCGUUGACGCCUGUCAAGGUGACAGCGGUGGCCCACUUAUUUGCGAUAAUAUCCAAGUGGGUAUCGUAUCUUGGGGAUAUGGAUGUGCUGAACGUCACUCACCAGGAGUUUAUACUAGAGUUGAUCGUUAUUUACCUUGGAUCUACCGUGCUAUACUCAGAAAUUAUUCAUCGACUACUUUCUACAACCAUUACCUCCUCCUUAUCAUUGUCAUCAUAAUAAUCAUCUCUUCAUCAACCUUCAACUGACAAAAA